CUCGAGGCACCUCGGUGGUGUAGUGCCAAGGCGCGGGUGGACAGGGCCUGCCGACGAAACUCUUCCUCUGCCGAGGUGCCGUUGUCGGCUAGCCUCCCUGACGGCUACAAGGAUGAUGCCGUGGGGCGGGGGGCUGCCCUUGCCCUUGACCGCGGGUGGGACCUAUGUCUUGGCGUCCCACUGCCGUCCGCCCCCCUCCCUUUCUCAUCUUUCACCACGGUCACUCCUCAUUGACAGCAACGACUCCAAGUCCCUCAUCCUCGUCGUCGAAUACCCUUCUCCUCCUUCUCCACUAGACCUUACUCAUACUAUCGGACCGCAAGUUUACUCUUCUAUCCACCCAUCGUCCUCAUCUCGCGCAGGCAACAGCUACACACGCCCGGAAGCAAAAGCUACCCUUCCGCAGGCCAAGACCCCUGAGCCUGUCUGUCGUUCUGCCAGACAUCCGCUCUCGCCUUUGCUGCACAAGUUCAGUGAGCACUAUCACAAAGGCAUGAACUCGAUCAGUCCCUCGGGAGGCUCUUACUCGGCUUUUUCAAAGCAAUCCUCCAGCUCUCCGGUUCCAUCUUUGGAAUCCUCCCUUGCGACGUCCAUGUCUCGCGCCUCUUCAGCAAGAUCGAUGAGCCCCUCGGGCGCCGCAUCCUCUCACGGCAGCAUCUCCAUGAGCAGUGAUGCCCGGACCGACGACUCCAAUGCUGGUGACGAUGACUCCUUCUCCCUCGUCGUCUGCCAGUGGAACGACUGUGGCCAGACGUAUGAAGAUCCCGAGAUUCUGUAUCAGCACUUGUGCAAUGACCACGUAGGACGAAAGAGCACCAACAAUCUCUGUCUUACGUGUCACUGGAUAGGAUGCGAUGCCGUCUGCGCCAAGAGGGAUCACAUCACCUCUCACCUACGUGUGCACACACCACUGAAGCCUCACUCUUGUGCUUCUUGUGGCAAGAUGUUCAAGCGGCCUCAAGACUUGAAGAAGCACGAGAGGAUCCACACCGAAGACCAUCAGAUGAAGCAGGCUCAGACCAAGGUCCACAAACAGCAGGCAUCUGCGCUAGCAAAGGAGAAUACCAAAAGGCAGCAGCAGCAGCAACAGCAGGCCGAAGAGAGGAGGUUCCACCAACAGCAGCAAGCACACCUUGCCCACCAGCAGCGCCAUCAUGCCGCGAUGGCGAGUCAACCUCAUCCUCAGCUUCACCAGCAAUAUCAGCCAUUCGGAAGCAACGUCUAUUCCUCCACAGGCAAUCCUGUCUUCUAUCCUCAGGGAGUCGGCAUGCCCAGCCACCGCGGCUACACGUCCGACUGGACUCAGAACAUGAGGCAACAAUCGCCAUCCGCAUCUGGUCGCCUGGCCCCUCAACAUGAGAGGCGGGAUGGUUCAGUCUCGUCAUUAGCAUCCCUCUCUCCUUCGUCUUCGCACUUGGGUACUCCAUACUCUUCAGAGGCCUCGCCGAGGAACCACUAUCAACAGGCGCAACAGAGUACACAAGGAAUGGUGGGAGGGGAGUACCCUCUGAACUCAUCGUACCUUGCUCUGGCCAGUGGCACUCAACGUUCGAAGCCAUCCGAGGACCCCAAUUCGUACACAUUCCUUUCUCAGGGUAGCCGUGCCUCGUCUAUUGCAUCUUCUGCUAGCUUGAAGCGUGGGUACGAUGACUUGCUCACUGGUGUGGACGGUCUGCUUCAAGACACGAGGAAGAAAAGGCCCAGCGAGUCUCAAAGCUUGCCUGAUGCGGACCAAAGCUACAGUAGUCUCGUCGGAUCCUCACCGGCUUACGAUGCAAACAUGGCGGAUAAACUCAGCUCGACCUUUGGUAGCACAUUCGACGAUGAUGCGAUUCUGCAGGCACUGCUCAACGGCAGUAAUGUCAAUGACGCAGGGUCCGCCAGCUCGCACCAAGGUGGGAGUCACAUGCCAACUUUUGCGUUGAACGGACAUUCUGCCGGUCCACAAGGGCCGCACAGAGGAGCACCUGGUAUCGGCCCCACCACUGCAUCCGCUCCAGCAUUCUCCGCCUCAUUGCCUACCGACCCUCACAAGCUUGCUGAGCUCAAUCACUUCCUCUUGCAGCUGGGUAACAGCGCUGCUCGGGACCUAAAUGGAGCAAUGGCCUCCCACGGGAAUGGUUCACAACAACCGUCGUCAAGCGGAGCUUUCGAUGCAGCUGCCUUUGACAUGAAUUCCCUCGGCGCCAUGGGUCUGACGAACAUUGCGGGAUUCGAUUCUUCCCUGUUCUCCAAUGGUGACGCCAGCUAUCUGGAUCUCGGUCAGCAGCAGCAGCCACCACGAGCCAUUGCCAGCAUGCCCCGUCAGCAGGGCACCACCAAUGGCGGUCACUUCCAAUCCCACCAGCAGCAACAUACGGCACAGGGUAAUGGUGGACAGACUGCCGCCGGCUUCGCGUCGCCAAUGGGCAGUCUGUAUCCAUCCUUGACUCCUCAUCAUGGGCUGCAGACGAUGGCGCAGAGCCAGCCCCAGCAGCAAGCUCAGCACCUGCCUUAUGGCAGUGGAGCCGCAAGCUUCGACUCUGUGCGCAUGCCCCGUGGAGCAGGCGUGAAGCCGACACUGUCCAGUGUUGACAGCAGGUCUCACACCUUCCGCCGUGUCGACCCGCUGAUGAGAGCUGCACCAACCGAGAUCGAAGCUCGAUCUGUCGACACGGAGACGCACGAUGUCGAUGACCGCAAGAGCAGUCUGGCACCCAUCCGGUCUCCGCAGCCACCCACCGCUUCGGUGAGCGACGAAAGGCACGAUGAUGCAGCCCACAUUCUGGCCAGUAUCGACGGUACACGACGUGGUGCUACUGCUCUUGCGGCAACGGAUAGUGCCAGACCUGCUCCCAUUUUGCCCUCCAUCUCGUCUCUUCUCUCGUCAAGAGACUUGCCACCCCCACCCGCGAUGGGUACGGCGGGUCACACUUGGCGCUCAUCUCGAAAGGAAAGCUACGGCACUACCGUCGACACCCGCACCACUACCCCCUCCUCGACCGGAUCGCCGACAGACACUUCGUCGUCGUCGUCUGCCUUUAGGUCUACAUCGCCAGCGCCACCAAGCUCGCUUUACCCCUCUUUGCCCGGCGCUGACACCCUCAUGGCUAAGAUGGCUCUUGCACCGGGUUCGUCAGGCGACGUCUCUUUGGAGACGAGGAUCAGGCACGUCAAGCUGAUCAAGAGUCUCUUGCUAGCCAUCAACUUCCCCGAGCGCCUGCAGAGCAUCCUCGGCCACACUCGUGCCGAAGCGGACGAUGAAGAGAUGGACGUGGAAGAGCACGACGAGGAAAUGUACGACGAAGGGCGUCGCACACCUCGUCCCAACUCCAGCCCCGAUACUGUAAAGGAACAAGAUCAGAAGGAUGAUGAGCAGGACGAUACGCCGCCGGUGAGCAAGUCUGCCUCGAAGGACUGGCUGAGCACCGUGGUGGGACCCAAGACGGACACCUUUGCAGACCGAUGGAGAAGAACGGGCCAGCAGGACGGCGUUGAUGUUUGAGUAGAAGUAGAGCGCACGAGCGCUGCCCUCCAUCGAUUCCCCUUCCGCUGGCCCUCUUGCUGCUUAAUUACUGUCUAGAUAAAUCCCUCCUUUUGCUUUCGAAUGCCUUUGCACCGCUGUACACACCUCUCGCCCAGAAGAAGGGGACUGUAUUUGUACAAUAUGAUCCACCGUUCCCCACUCGUCUUGACAUUUCCGCGUGUGUCGCGGCUGAACUUGGAU